UGUGUUGCAUGUCGCGGCUCGCCGCUACGCCGCUAGCUUCCAGCAAACUAAGCCGCUAAAAUGGCGGACGACAACAUUGAUCUGUAUGCGGAUGAUAUUGACCAGGACUUUUCUCAGGAUUUCGGAGCCGAUGGAGUCGAUUUGUACGAUGAUGUGAUUGCCGCUCCAUCGUCCAACCUCGAGGACAACGAAGAAAAUGCACAGCCACCACCAACAAACAACGGCAGCGGGCCGCACAACUCGCCCCCGAUGGAAAAAUACCAGUCCUCGGGAGGGAUGCGAGGAGACAGAGAUGGUGGCAGACGGCACCAACUCUACGUCGGCAACCUCACCUGGUGGACCACCGACCAGGACAUAGCUAACGCCGUCAGCGACCUCGGCGUGAAGGACUUUCUCGAGGUCAAGUUCUUCGAAAACCGAGCUAAUGGUCAAUCGAAAGGAUUCUGCAUCAUCUCGCUCGGUUCAGAUCAAAGCUCGCGGGUGUGCAUGUCCCGCUUGGGCGACAAGGAGCUGCACGGCCAGAAGCCCGUCGUCACCUACCCAACCAAAGCUGCCCUGAACCAGUUCCAAUUCGAGGCUCAGUCAAAGACGAGGCCCGCCCCCCAGAUGUCCCAGCAGCGCGGAGGCAUGCAGCAAGGAGGAGGCCCAAGAAACUUCAACAGAGGCCCAAUUGGUGGGCCUGGAAACCAGGGACCUCCACCUGGACCAUCCAGAUCUCACAGCAUGGGUUUCCCCCCGAUGCAGCCAUUCCAAAUUCCGCCUCCAGGGGGCCCGCCGCGGGGCCCGCCUCCAGGCCAAAUGCAUCCGAACGACCCCCGUGGGCCGCCUCCAAGAGGGGACUGGAGCCGACCCCCCGGCCCAGGCUUCCCGCCCCACCAGCCGCCCCCAAUGCAGGGUCCGCCUCCAGGCCAAGGGCCCCCGAUGCGUGGACCUCCCCCAGGCAUGAUGCAGCCUCUGGGGCCGCCUCCGGGCCAGAUGCCGGCGCCGCACGUCAACCCCGCGUUCUUCCCUCCGGGGGCAGUUCCUCCGCACCAGGCGCCGCCGCCACACCCUGGCGGACCUCACGGACCCCCACACGGCCCACCCCACGCUGCACCUCAGGGCUAUGGACCACCACCAUCACAACCCUGGCCCAGGUAUGGGCCACCGACAGGCGUUGACGGAGGGGCUGGCAUCAGUGAAGCAGAAUUCGAGGAGAUAAUGGGUCGCAACCGGUCCGUCUCGAGCACCGCCAUCAGCAGGGCCGUUUCAGACGCCGCGGCCGGUGAUUACGCCAGCGCCAUCGAGACGCUGGUCACGGCCAUCUCGCUGAUCAAGCAAUCCAAGGUGGCCAACGACGACCGCUGCAAGAUUCUGAUCAGCAGUCUACAGGACACGCUGCACGGAAUCGAGGCCAAGAGCUACGGAUCUGGACGAAGAGAGCGAUCAAGGUCCAGGGAUAGGUCACACAGGCGCAGACGCGAAAGGUCCCGCAGUCGUGAAAGAGAUUACAGAGAGAGGAGCAGAGAGAGGGACAGAGAUAGAUAUUAUGCUGAUUAUCCAAGGGAGCGGUCUCGAAGCAGGGAAAGAGAGUACCGCGAAAGAAGUAGAGAGGACAGCUCAUCUCGAACAACAGUGCGUCCACGGCUGAAGUCGACCGAGCCUGCCGAAGACCCCGCGCUGAUGAAUUCCAAAUCCAGCAGUCGGUACUACGACGAGCGCUACAGGGAACGGGAACGCGACGCACGCCGAGAACCGGAGCGGGAACGAGAGCGACGCGAAGAGCGCGAAACCACCCACCGCUCAAGACACUAAACCUGGAGAGUGCACGCACGAGAACAAGUAACACACCCACACACACACACAGCCAGUAAAAUAUAAUCCUUUUCAGAUCCAUUUAGAUCCAUAAUGUCGCAAUGUGGUCAUGAUUGUGUCCAAAUUAUUAAUUUAAUCCUUUUUGUGUAGUUAAUUCAAGCACACGAUUUGAUGUCAUAAAUUUAAAACAAAAAAAUAAGAUUGGCCUCUUUUUCUAUUUUAAAACCCUAAUUUUUAUCUCUCUGGAGACAAUGAUUAUUAUUGUCUGUGCGGCCUGUGAAGGAGGAUGCGAUUAUUUGUUGUAUUAGCUCAAGAUUGUACUGACUGCCGGAAUGUGCGAAUUCGCUGAUCAAAGAAGGUAACGAAUCUCUUUUAGUGGCUUGUUUGGUGGUGCUGUCGCCCGCGCGCGCCUUUCUCUUUGAUUUAUUUUGUAACUCGAUUCUGUCCAGACGCGCGGCCCGGCUCGGCACCACCAGGGAAACUGACCAAAUCAUUAUUCUACUUCAUAAUAUCUCUCUGUACUCGUUGCAAACAAAUCUGUGCACACAACUCGGUACCUGGGACGUCGCUCGAAGUCACAGCUGCCGAGUUGGACCGAAAUAAUUGGUCUUGUACCAACGCCAUGCAUGACUUGAUAUAUAAAUUAGUAAUUAAAUUUAUAUUGACGGUGGGAAUUUUUGUUUCAUAAAAACAUCACCUGUCCUGUUCGAAUAGUGUUCGAUAAAUAAUUGUUAAUUAAUUUUGUUGUGCAAAAUGUUGAAGAUAGAAACACAAUUUUCUAACCUGCUGGUGGUUAUUUUCAAUUAGUUUGUAACCUUUGAAAGAUAUGUGAUUACAAUUAUCAAAAUUCCAUAGCAUAUUUUCAAUGUAAAAAUUAAACAUGUCAGUGAUAAAAAAAUGUGAAGCAGCUUGUAUGAAAGCUAAAACUAUAAUGUGAAAAAAUCAUGACUGUAAAAAUGUCGGAAAAAUAUUUUCGAGACCCUUAUUAACUUGAGGUU